AUGGCCUCAGCCUGCUCCUCUUCCUCUUCCAACCGCAGCACCCUGGAGCGCCUACCCAACUCCCAAAUCCGGAUCCUCCGCACCGUCGAAUCAGUCCGUCGCUGGCGUCGUCCACACACACUGGACCAGCGUAUGGUCGCACUGGUGCCGACCAUGGGAGCCCUGCACGAAGGCCACCUGUCUUUGAUCCGCGCCGCCGCCCGCGAAAAUCACCACGUUGUUGUCUCGCUUUAUGUCAACCCGGCGCAGUUUGGCGUGCGCGAGGACCUGUCUUCGUACCCGGUCACCUGGGAUGCAGAUGCUGAAGCAUUGGUGAAGUUGGAUCGGGAGCUGGCAGAUGAUGGGAAUAACCUGGGGAGGAUAAGCGCUGUGUUUGCGCCGACAACACCGGAGAUGUAUCCUGGGGGGUUUCCCGGACAGGAGGUAGACAGCAAGGGGAGUUUUGUGACAAUUACGCCGGUUGGGGAGGUUCUGGAGGGAAAAUCGCGGCCAACGUUCUUCCGGGGCGUUGCGACCGUGUGCAUGAAGCUGUUUAAUAUUGUGCAGCCGGACCGGGUCUACUUUGGGCAGAAGGAUGUGCAGCAGACUGUGGUAAUUAAGCGUUUGGUUCGGGACUUCAUGAUCCCUGCUGAGGUGGUCGUUUGUCCUACGGCACGGGCUGAGGACGGGCUAGCGCUGAGUUCGAGGAAUGUCUAUCUUGGAGAGAGGAGACGGCCUGUUUCGACCGUGCUGUAUCGCGCCUUGAGGGCUGCAGAAGAUGCCUACAACGCUGGCGCGAGGGACCGGGAGACCAUCCUUGCUGCAGCGACCAAGGUCACUGAUGACGUGCUGGCGGAGCAAAUGGCGCUGGCGCCUGAGAAGCGGGUCCGGUUUGAGGUCGACUACAUCUCAUUAGCUGACCCAGAUAACAUGGAAGAGCUUUCCACUGUUGACCCAGUGAAGGGAGCUAUCCUCAGUGGUGCGAUCAGGAUGCUACCCGUCGAGGAUCCUCAACCAGGUGAGGAUCUCGGCCAUAGUGGAGGCCCACUUGUCCGGCUUAUCGACAAUAUCAUCAUCCCUCCUUCAGCAUGA